UCAUUGUUACUCCAAGAAUGGGAAACUGGCUGGUGAACGAGGGAGUUUCCAUCUUUGUGAUUCUGGUGUGGCUUGGAAUAAAUGCAUUUCUCUUUGUGCAUUUCUUUUAUGUGUAUGAGGAUGGGGAAAAGUUUUUCUACACACGAGAGCUUCUUGGAUCUGCUCUGGCCUGGGCUAGAGCCCCUGCUGCAUGUUUAAAUUUCAACUGCAUGCUGAUCCUCCUUCCAGUGUGCCGAAAUCUAUUGUCAUUCCUGAGAGGAUCAUGUGGGUGCUGCAGAAGACAACUGGACCGAAAUAUUUCCUUCCAUAAGCUGGUAGCUUACAUGAUUGCCCUGCAUACAGCCGUUCACAUCGUUGCACAUUUGUUCAACUUUGAGCGAUUUAUGACGAGCCAAGGGUAUGAAAAUGGAACACUUAACAAUAUUUUGUCUAAAAUUGGAAACAAUGGAAGUUAUCUGAAUCCAAUUCGAGACCCAAACACGAAUCCCACUGAAGUAGCAUUCACAACUUUGGCUGGACUAAGUGGCAUUGCCAUCACCCUUGCUCUGAUACUGAUGAUAACAACGUCAACAGAAAUUAUCAGGAGGUCAUACUUUGAAGUUUUCUGGUACACGCAUCAUCUUUUUGUGAUCUUUUUUGUUGGGCUUGUGAUCCAUGGAGUUGGACGAAUUGUUCGUGGUCAAACAAAUAAUAGCCUAAAGGAGCAUAACGCUACCUUUUGUAAGGAUAGGUAUACAGAAUGGGGGAAUAUCAGACAGUGUCCUGUUCCUGUUUUCGCAGGGAAUCCUCCAAUGACGUGGAAAUGGGUGGUGGGCCCCAUGGCUUUGUAUGUUUGCGAGAGACUUGUGCGAUUUUGGCGAUCCCAUCAGAAAGUUGUAAUCACAAAGGUUGUUACCCAUCCCUCUAAAGUGCUGGAACUGCAGAUGAAGAAGCGAGGUUUUAAGAUGGAGGUUGGUCAGUACAUUUUUGUCCAAUGUUCGAAGAUUUCAAGGUUGGAAUGGCACCCUUUCACAUUGACCUCCUCUCCAGAGGAAGACCACUUCAGCAUUCAUGUGAGAAUAGUGGGAGACUGGACAGACAGUUUGUUCAAAGUAUGUGGCGGAGACCAAAAGGAAUUCCGAGAAGCAUGGAAACUCCCCAGUAUUACAGUUGACGGUCCUUUUGGUACAGCCAGUGAGGAUGUGUUUUUAUACGAAACUGCUGUCCUUGUUGGGGCAGGGAUUGGAGUUACUCCUUUUGCAUCUAUCCUCAAAUCGGUCUGGUACAAAUACACUCACUCUGAUCCCAAUCUGAAACUGAAAAAGAUCUACUUCUAUUGGCUAUGCCGUGAAACCAGUGCCUUUGAGUGGUUUGCUGACCUCCUCCAGUCGCUUGAAUCACAAAUGCUUGAAAGAGGCAAUGCGGAUUUCCUGAGCUACAACAUUUACCUCACUGGAUGGGAUGAAAAUCAGGCCACUCACUUCGCCAUGCACCAUGAAGCCCAAACAGAUGUCAUCACAGGACUCAAACAAAAGACUUUAUAUGGGAGACCCAACUGGGAGAAUGAGUUUAAAAACAUUGCAACUAAUCAUCCAAGCAUUAAUGUGGGAGUCUUCCUCUGUGGACCAGAAGCUCUGGCUAAAACAUUAAAUAAGAUGAGUAUUGCUCAUUCAUCUGCUGAUCCAAGAGGCGUGCAUUUCAUAUUCAACAAGGAAAACUUCUGAAUUCUAUUGAUGUCACUUUUUUCAUUGAUUCCACGCUAUUUUUAACUUUUUGUGAUAAAGGAAACUCAGAUAUCAUCAUCAUGCAUCUACAUUAGCUAGCAUCGUCAUUAGUUUUUCAAUAUUUUUUCAAAUGUUAUUCUUGACUGUUCCUACCACUAGCCUGUGCAUAAAAGCGUAGUGCAAAUAUCCUCAUUGUGAGAAAACAGAUUACAAAUUAAAUUCUUGCCCAUGCACACAAAUGAGUUCAAAUUCAUGCCCAGUACCUUUGAUGGCACUGUACAUGAGAUAUUUGCAGUAGACAUCUGAUUUUGUGAUGUGAUUUCAUUGAGAAGUUUACAAUAUAUUCUGGUCAUUUAUGGGCUUUCAGUAUCUGCAGAUAAUUCUGAAACUUUGACAUGUUGGAAAAUAAGAAGCUCAAGGACCAGCUCAAGCUAAUGGAGCAACAACUGAAAUCUGUUUUUCGUCACAUUGAGGUAAUUAGAAAGCAAAAAGCUUUAAGGCAAUAGUUCAAAUGUAAAUGGGCACAACCUCAUCACCCAAUAAGGGUGUGCAAAGCUUCUGUCACAUGAACAAAUUGCUUUAUCUUUACCAACUGCCUGCAAAAUAGAUACUAACAAACUGUUGACGUUUCAUAUUGAGUUUGUAUAUAAGAAAAAAACAGCUGCAAAUGCCUAGUCCUCAGAAAAUGAAAGUAUUGUGUGUACAAUGUGGAGUCAGGCAAGUUUCCAAUUUUAGAUAAAACACCAACUGCAUUGAAUGUAACAUAGUACUUCUGUUUGUAAUGUCAAUUAUGGGAUUAAAGAAAUACCGAAGUAAAAAAUUCAA